AAUUAAUGCAUUGCUAUCAAUAUUUAACACCAUCUGUUUUCUUCUGUCCCCUUCCCCUCAGGCUUCAACCAUGCUACGAGCCUCUUUGGCACCCAUGAAAUUGAAGGAUGUCCCAUUACUGCCUUCCCUGGAUUAUGAGAAACUGAAGAAGGAUUUGAUUUGGGGGAGUGACCGCUUGAAAGCCUUCUUGUUGCAGGCUCUGCGCUGGCGCUUGACCACAUCCCAUCCUGGAGAGCAGAGGGAGACUGUUCUGCAAGCCUACAUCAGCAACGACCUCUUGGACUGUCAUAGCCACAACCAGAGGAGCGUGCUUCAGUUGCUGCACUCCAGGAGUGAGGUGGUGCGGCAGUACACGGCCAGGCUCAUCAACGCUUUUGCGUCACUGGCCGAAGGUCGUCGUUACCUUUCCCAGAACACAAAGGUGCUGCGGAUGCUGGAGGGAAGGCUGAAGGAGGGGGACAAGGACAUCAUCACCCGGGAGAAUGUUCUUGGGGCCUUGCAGAAGUUCAGCCUCAGGCGGCCGCUGCAGACAGCGAUGAUUCGUGAUGGCCUCAUCUUCUGGCUGAUUGAUAUUCUGAAGGACCCUGACUGCCUGUCUGACUACACACUGGAGUACUCGGUGGCUUUGCUUAUGAACCUCUGCCUUCGGAGUGCAGGGAAGAACAUGUGUGCCAAGGUGGCAGGCCUCGUGCUGAAAGUUCUCUCAGAUCUGCUUGGCCAUGAAAACCACGAGAUCCAGCCGUAUGUGAAUGGAGCUCUGUACAGCAUCCUUUCUAUUCCAUCCAUCCGAGAGGAAGCAAGAGCAGUGGGAAUGGAAGACAUCCUACGCUGCUUCAUCAAGGAAGGCAAUGCUGAGAUGAUCCGCCAGAUAGAAUUUAUCAUCAAGCAGCUUAAUUCCGAAGAGCUCGUGGACGGUGUCCUUGAAUCUGAUGAUGAUGAAGAGGAAGACGAUGAAAAGUCUCAGACCGUCACUUCUGCUACGUUCUGCUCAAAGCACAUCACAAGAGCAGCCCAGACUGGGGGAUGGAAGGAACUACAGGAGGGUACAGGGCUGGGAAGACUGGAGGUGCUGUUUGAGGACCGUAUCACACCUGCAGUGGGCUCGCUGCAAACAGCCCAGAUGUAG